UCGGAUUACGAUACCAUUCAUCGAAUAUAUGGUUUGUCCUAAGUAUACUCAGAGAAAUAUAUAUUGCCGCAUACAUAAGCUUACCUACUAUGGAUUUUUACAUAUUUUGAGGCAAGCAUGACUUGAUAAAAGACAUUCUAUUUUAACUAAUUUAAACAUUUAGAAUACUACUUUUAAAUUUUCUAAACUAAAUUCAGUAAAAUUUAUUGAAUUUAAUUUGCAUCUGCUUUGAUUAAAAGUAAUUUUGAGACUAAAGAAGAUGCAACUUACUGUAAUUUUCCAUACAUUAAACUGAAGUAAACUUAAUAAAAAAAAAUUGUAUCUGUACUAAUCAAAUAAUAUAAUUUUCUCCCCUCUAUUCACGUUAAUUGGAAUGGAUGGAAUGGAAUGGAGUUAUGGGAUUAUUAAUGGAUAUUAAUUUGGAUGAAAUCAGGAUUUCAUGGAUUUUUGGAUUAUAAAUGGCCAUUUUAAAAGGAUUACGAUUGAGAUAUAUAGGAAAGGAUAUAUAAAUAUAAAUGGCAAUACGGACGAAAGCAAAUUAAGUGGGGAAAUAGGACAAUAUACGCGAGACAUACAAAUAAAAAAAUUUAGCCGGACAGGGAAUUUACUAUAACUUCAUUAUUCAAGCAUAUUUGAAUUUGAAAUGCCUCGCAUUUUUAAUUUGAUAUUUGGAGGAAACAUUUGGUCGUUUAAAAAAUGUGCAGAAAGUCCAGGAGGAUGUUUAGAUUAUUUUGACACACACAGUAUUUCAACUCUUCCGGAGUACCAACCAUAUUCAAUUUUAAGGACACCUCCAAGUUUUCUGGACUUUAAUAUAUCUACAUCUAUUCUUGAUUGAGAUUAUUUAGUAAGAAAUUCAUCAAGACAUUUCAUCUGGAAUACAACGGUAAUCUUUCCGACUUGAAGCACGCUAUCUCGCAUAAAAUUAUCUGUAUAAUACCUAAUUAAUCAGAAUCGAAAUUUGUUUGGAAUUGUAUUUCGAGUGGUCUUUGAAAGAAACAUUUUGAAAGCACGAAUAUUUGUUGUUGAAUUUAAGACAUACAUACAUAUGGGCGUGAGGAAAGCAGAUGUUCUAAAAAAUCUUUGAACAAUACUAUGAGAGCAACCCAUACAAAUUCUACUAGGUGUACUACUCACAUUCGUUACACCGUUAUUACUGGCUCAAGCUAAUGAAAUUUCAAUAAAGCUGUCAGCAUGACGUAGCACUGAGUGCCCGAUAAAUAACCGUAAAAUUAAGUCAAUUUGGAUCGACUCCAAAUAUCCGCAAUAGAAAAUUGCCCGAAUGAGACUGUGAUAGUGGUAAUAAAAUAGACUUGAGACUGUAAUUGCAACUAACAACAGCAACAAAAUGCAGUCGGGACGUAAACAACAAAUUGCAGUUAUUGCCUCCAUAUCCCUGAUAUUUAUGCUCAAUUUGUUGCUGACGACAGCAGCGGCCAAAGAGAAUAUACCAACCACGAGUUUAUACGCAAAUGAGGAUUUGCAAGAUGAAUAUAAAACACAAGAACAACAUAGCCAGCAAAAUAGGAAACAUCAGCACCAUCAACAGCAGCAACAUCAUCGUCGACAUGAGCUGCACGAACGCGAAAAGCGUGAAGGGCGACAGGUAGAUCAGAUGUAUGAUGGACCAGACAGAGCGCAUCAACAUCGCACACAUCAACAUCAGCACCAACAGCAUGCGCAACAUCAUCAUCAACGACAGCAGCACUCGCGUCAAUCUCGUCAGCAUCGCGGUCACACACAGAAUCCCGCUGUUGGUGGAUACGCUGCAAGUUAUCUCAGCGGCAGCGGUAGUUAUCCUGCAUCAUCGUCUGCAUACUAUAAACGCUACUCACGUGACUCGUCGGCAUUUCCGGCACGUGAACGCAAGCCAAACAUUAUUUUAAUACUCACCGAUGACCAGGAUGUCGAGUUGGGUUCAUUGAAUUUCAUGCCACGCACUCUGCGUUGGUUACGAGAUGGCGGCACUGAAUUCCGUCACGCCUACACCACCACCCCAAUGUGUUGUCCGGCGCGCUCAUCGCUGCUGACUGGCAUGUACGUGCACAAUCACAUGGUCUUCACCAAUAAUGACAAUUGCUCGAGUCCACAAUGGCAGGCCACGCACGAAACUCGCUCCUUCGCCACAUAUCUUUCGAAUGCCGGCUAUCGCACGGGCUAUUUUGGCAAGUACCUGAACAAGUACAACGGAUCGUACAUACCGCCUGGUUGGCGAGAAUGGGGUGGUCUCAUUAUGAACUCAAAAUAUUACAAUUACAGCAUCAAUAUGAACGGCCAGAAGAUCAAGCACGGAUUCGAGUACGCAAAGGACUAUUAUCCAGAUUUGAUAGCGAAUGACUCAAUCGCAUUUUUGCGCUCAUCAAAACAACAAAACCAAAGAAAACCUGUGAUGUUGACAAUGAGUUUUCCGGCACCGCAUGGACCCGAAGAUUCAGCGCCACAAUAUAGCCAUCUCUUCUUCAAUGUAACGACGCACCACACACCAUCCUAUGACCACGCGCCCAAUCCAGACAAACAGUGGAUCCUGCGCGUUACUCAACCGAUGGAACCAGUGCAUAAACGUUUCACGAAUCUAUUGAUGACAAAGCGACUGCAAACCUUACAAAGUGUGGAUGUUGCUGUUGAACGUGUCUGCAAUGAGCUUAAAGCUUUAGGCGAACUUGAUAAUACAUACAUUAUCUACACAUCCGACCAUGGCUAUCAUUUGGGCCAGUUCGGAUUGAUAAAGGGUAAAAGUUUUCCAUUUGAGUUUGAUGUGCGUGUUCCCUUCCUCAUACGUGGACCAGGUAUACAGCCAGCCAGAGUUGUGGACGAAAUUGUGUUAAAUGUCGAUUUAGCGCCCACUUUCUUAGAUAUUGCUGGCGUUUCAACGCCACAGCACAUGGAUGGACGCAGCAUUUUACCAUUGCUAUUCAGUCGACAACGUAGUGUACGUGAGCAGUGGCCAGAUACGUUUUUAAUUGAGAGUUCUGGGCGACGCGAGACACCCGAGCAAAUCGCAGAAGCUCGUUUACGGCUGCAAGCCGAUCGACAGAAUAUGAGACUCGCCAAUAGCACAUUUAUAAACGAGUCACCAUUCAAUGAAAGUACAACAGCUAGUUCGUUACUAGACCUCAUCAACUUGGAAUCCCGUGAAGAGACCGAAAUCGAUGAAGACUUGGAUUCGGAAGCCGAAAAAGAAGGCAGAAUGGGAACUGAAGUAGAAGAUGAUGCUGAGGAUGAUCUGGACACGAAUACUGACGAUGAUGUUUCUUCGGGUGUUGUAGAUGAAGAUAUCGAAGAUGAUGUAGAUGAGGAAAUAGCGCAGGAGGAAGGCUUGGAGCAGGAACAGCAAGAUCAAUUCGAUAAUAAUCUACCAAUGGCACCGUAUAUGACGAAAAUGAUGCGUUUGAAUUCCGAAUGCUCUGACCCGGCAUUGUUGGAAAAUUGUCGUCCAGGACAAAAGUGGAAAUGUGUGAAUGAGGAUGGUCGGUGGCGUAAACACAAGUGUAAAUUUCAUUUGCAGCUUCAACAUCAUCUCGAAGAGGUAUCUAAAUUUUCAAAGAAGGACACUAAACGAAAUUGUGCUUGCUUUACUCCAGAGGGCGUUGUUUAUACGAAAAUCAAAACGAAUCGUAAUCAUUUCGAAGGCGAUCGUAUUCGAAAAAGAACUCAAAAUCAAUCGCGGUUUUCGCGCCGUAAUAAACGCUCAUUAGAUGAACACACCGAUUUGAAUGAAGUAUUCCACACAGAGCUGCCAUAUGAGAUGGAAGAAUUACUCGAUUUACAAGAUACACUUUCGACUGUGGAGGAACAUUUGACGAAGCCGAAUCGUAUUAAACGGGAGUUAAUGUCUAGCUUCUUUGAAACAGGCUCUUCAACAUCGGGCACAGCGAAUGCAGCAGAAAGCGGUAAAGUAGGUCAGAAUUCAUCGAACGACGCAAUCUCCAAAGUUAUACAGGAAAUACAAAAUACUCUUGAAACGCUCGAAUUGAAAUUUAUCACGCCGAAUGACUCACAUCAGCCCAAUUCGACGACCACCAUGUCGGCAUCUGGCUUCGUGCGCAGUGGUAAGUUUCCCAAGGUGGGCGGUCGUGUUGGUACACGCUGUUACAUUGAGUCGCAAACGGGAAAGGUGAACUGCUCCGACGUUAUUUAUGACGAUGAAAAGACGUGGCGUAAGUCACGCAAUCAAAUUGAUAUGCUAAUCAAAGUGCUCAAGGAUAAAAUAACGCAUCUCAAGGAUAUUAAGAAGCAGAUGCGCGAGAACAAACAGCAACAACAACAGAGCCAACAGCAACAAUUGCAUUACAAUUCAGGAAGGUAUUGGGAUAGAGACUAUGUGCCACGCACAAGUAGUGCUGGUAGUGUGAGCAGACAUAGAGCAGAAGACCAUGAGAAUGACGAGGAGCUGCCUUACAAUAUUUCGGAUUACUUGGGUCGAAGGCAGAAACCACGCCGCCGCAAUGGUAGCGGUGUUGGUGGUGGUGGUGGUGGUGUUCACAAUAACAAUUUCUACCAACGUGGUGGCUUCAAUCACCACAACUACAAUCACCGUUCAUACCAACGGCAACAUUUGCCUGUAGGCAGUGGUCGACGACGCUUUGAUAAACCGUUGGAGGGACGUGAAUUCGAUAUGAAUUAUUUUACACAAGAACACAUUGGUGUGACCAACACUUACAGUAAUGAUAUUAACAAUGAUAAUGGAAGUGGUGCCGGCACAAAUGGUUAUGGUGGUAAGAAUACGUUUGGCAAAAAUCGCUUUCAGGGCCGCAACGGCAGUCAAAACGGUGGGCAGACUCAAACACAGCGACGACGUCGUCCACAAACGCCAAACGUCACGGUACACACGAUGAUGACGCCAGCAUUUUCAACAUCAUCGUCGACAACACGACCAACAACAAUGAGGACUGUGAAUGGCAUGCGUACGACAACAACCACCACUCGGAUGUCGACAAACAAAGAUUCAAUUAUGAACACUGCAACAACUAAUUCCAAAGCAACCAUAAAUGACGCAGCGACAACAGCAGCCACAACAAUGACACGCUUGCAAUGGUCCACAACAAGUUCACCAUCAAAUGUCAAUGUCACUUCCAGUAGCAGUGAUGCUACCACAAGCGAUCCACACGGAGACGAAGAGGCACUCAGCAAUGUUGGCCAAAAGGAAAUCUUCACGGGUUUGGGCAGCGCACACAAUGCCGACCCAUUUCAGCAACAAAAGGGACAACCAGCUGAAUGCUAUUGUGAGCCGGAUACAGAAAGUUAUGCGGAUUCAAAGGAAAUUGCACGUGAGGCACGUCGCAAACUGAAGGAAGAGCGUCAGCGCAAAAAAGAACGAAAGCGUAUUAAGAAGGCACGUCUGGAGAAGGAAUGUCUUUCUGAGAAAAUGAACUGUUUCUCACAUGAUAAUAUGCAUUGGCGUACUGCGCCACUUUGGAAUGAUAGUCCAUUCUGUUUUUGUAUGAAUGCCAACAACAAUACGUAUUCAUGUGUGCGCACUAUAAAUGCCACACAUAAUUAUUUAUACUGUGAAUUCACGACUGGCCUGAUAACAUUUUACAAUUUGAAAAUUGAUCCCUUUGAAACACAAAAUCGAGCCUCCAUCCUAACAAGCGAAGAGAAAUCGUACAUGCACGAUGUUUUGGAAAAGCUGAAGGGCUGCCGAGGACGAAGCUGUACAAUCAAACGGCAUCAGACUCAGCAUCAUCAACAACAAAACGAAAGUGCGGUACGCUCGAUGCAAAGAGGCACCAAACGAAAACAAGGUCUUGCGCAAAGCACCUCAGGUGUCGGUUCGUUUAUUUCCAGUCGCCUAGACUAUGAUGAGCCACUGGCCAAACGAAGAAAACUAUCAAAGUGGUCUUCGCAUACAAACUUGAAACGUAAACCAUGGAAACAACAACAUCAUUAUCAUCAGCCACAGCAACAUGAGCUCUACUAUCGACAACAACAUCUGCGACAAUAUAGCAGUAAUGCUGCAGGUGAAGUACAAGUAGCUGGUGGCAGGAGCACGGAUCUUCAUGCAAUGGAGCAAGCGAAAACUUUGCGACAUAAUCGUUUUCAUCAAGAACCAAAUAGCACAUCUAUGCAACAACAACGACAACAGCAACAAGAACAAGAUGAAAAGAGUUUACCAAGUAAUAUCAACAAAAGUGAUGACUUGGAGCGAAAAUUGAUUACAAACCAAAAAGCAACAACAUUGGCCAGCACAGAGUUGGGGGAAGAGCAAACUUUUACGAAAGUUGUAGAUGCAAAUGAUACUAAAGUGUCAUCAACAACAACAACAACAACAACAACGGCAGCGACAACAGCAACAGCAGCAUCCAUACUCACAGCAGCAAUAUAAAUUAUGGAAGCAAAUACUUAUAUAGCAUGGAAGCAUAUCUUUCGCAUAUCCUUAAAUAACAUACACGAAUGUUUAUUAUUUUAUUGGCAUAUUUAAUUUAUACGCUCGAAAGUAAAUGAAACUGUUCACUUAUGUUAUGUUCGCAAUUUUUCUAACGUCCUAUCUUGUCUGCUCUAUCUUAACCAAACAAUGCUCACGGCUAUGAACUGAACUUCUGUACAGUACUUAUUACUGAAAUCGUGUUGCCACACAUACAUACAUAUUCAUAUAAGGAUGUGAUGACUUGUAUUUGCAGACGCAGUCAAAAUUAGAGAGAUUCAAAUACGCCAUGGAUGCUGAAAAUGUGUAUUAUGCAUAUAUCAUUAAGCUAAUUACAACAUUCGCUGUUUUUUUUUGUACCCAGUGUUUAAUUUAUAUUUAAACAAUUGAAUAACAAAAACUAUGUAAAUUCAUAGAUGUAUGUAGAUAUAAAAAUAUUUAAAUAAUAACAAUAUGAAACUCAUAUCGGGCUUUUAAAAAGGCUUUCGAAAUAUUUAUUUUCGAAUAGCAAUGCAAAAAAACAAAAAAUAAAA